AUGGCUUCCCCUAUCUUCAACCUCCCAGUCGAGGUCCUUCAACGUAUCUUGCUGUUCUGCACACCGAGGGACGUAUCGACGUUUUCAAGGUCGUGUCGAGCAACGUACAGCAUUGUCUACCAGGCCGAUGACCAGCAUCUUUGGCGGGAACUUUACCUUGGCCACCCUCUUGAUAACCCAUAUGAAGUGGUCCAGGAAAGGAGGGACCAUAAACUUCAUGCACGGAGUGUAGACAAGCUCAAUUGGAAGGAACGGCUCACAGAGGUCGUUAAGGCUGCAUCCCUGGCUACUUCUUCCCAGCAUCCCACUAUGCCUGACUGCACACAGGCUAUUCGCACAUUUCAUACGCUGCUCUCCGAACUGCGGGUGGCCUGCCGUUCUAAAAACGGAAGUCUCGCCGAGUGCUACAACUCCCGAUGGCUCGAGGACACAUUAUCGGGCUCUCUCCUCUUGGAAAACCCAGAGGAGGAAGACGUCAGUUCCGAAGUCGCCAAACAGCCUAGCGACAUGCCACUGAAACGGUCCCGCCUUCGUAUAUCUCUGUGCAAGUACUUCGACAACCCAUCCAAUGUGAACGUCGAGGACUCCCCAUUUUACGAGAGGCGCAUGACAAGCCGGUGCUUCGUGUACGACCUACGCAAUUACACCUCGUCCACUCGCUGGGGACCGUUCUACCCUAGUGGUCGACCAGACUGGGUUCACGUCGAUCAUCUCAUGACGGUUGUAUGGAUGAACGUCUGUGAGUUAUCCGCCGUGAAUCUCCCAUUGCCACCGCGGGGGAUCGAGGCAAUUCGAGCUUUCUCUGCUCCGGGUAGCGACCCGAAAGCAGAGGAUUGGGCAGGGGCCGAAGGUACAGUUCUCCAUCUGCGCCCUACCCUAGAAUUAUCUAAGCUGGCACCAUUUCCUCAGGAUCUUGGAGCAGAUUCGUGUGCUUCAUGGACUACCGGGAUUUAUUCGUUCUCCGACGAUGGCCCGCGGUCAUCUCGCAUGUUCUCCGACCCUGGCUUCCGUGAAGCGAUCCGCCUUCUAGAGGUUACCUUGAAGCUUAUCACUCCGGACGAAUACAAAGCUUAUGGUAGAGGCGCCCCCGAUAUCCCAGCAGAAAGUGAAACAGAUGAGCACCACCCGGUCCUUUUCUUCAAGGGCGGCUCUCGAGGACCUCAUGGCGCAGAGUCUAUCAUUCGGGGCCUAGUUUUCAUGGAUACCGAAGGCUUCGUGAAGUGGCGCCUUUUCUCCGUCUAUGAUAGCACACCGCAAUGGAGGUCAGUCCUUCGUUCUUCACCCCGUGCUUAUUUCUAA